AUCGAAUUAUUUAUUUCAAGUGAUUUAAAGGCAACGAAACUAUUAAAAGCAUGGAAGAUCAAAAUGAUAUACACGAAAUCUGCCGGCUAUGUUGUGAAUCAAGCUUACUUCCCAGCGACAGAGCCUGCCUACAGGACGAACAAGAAUAUCUUUUGAGGGAGUUUUUUGAGAACAUUCUUCGCCUAGAGUAUCAUCCCGAGGAUGGCUUACCGCAAAAUAUUUGCAUGUCCUGUAGAACAACCGUAAUCGAGAUAAAUAAUAUUGUUGAAGGAUUUCGGUCCAAUGAUACAAUAUUACGGGAACGCUUUUGUCAAGAAAUAAAAGAGGAAGAGACUCCUGAACCAGUUGAAGGGCUAGUCUCCAUCGAAGAGUCGAUAAACGACGAUACCGACAGCGCUAGUGAGGCAACAUCGAUCAAUGUAGAAUAUCUGGAACAAGACGAACAAGUGUUAAAAUCUUACCUUAGUAUAAAGGAUGAGCUCACAACUGAAAAUCAUGAUGAGACGAUUCUAGCAGAAUCGUUAGGAUUACUGCCAGAGGAGAACAUUGAAUCUGACCCUCAAUCUGAAUCAGAAAAGGGUGAGUCACUAAAGCCUGCACCGGAAAUCGAGAAUAAACCUAAAUUUCGGAAAAUACACCAUUUCAAACUUAAAACAAAUAAAGCCAAACGCGGUGAAAAUCAAACUCGGCUUCCUAAGAAGCGUGGUCGUAAACCUACUAAACAAAAUAUCAAUGCCGCCAAUCGACCACGCCUGAAUGAUUACAAAUGCUACGUGUGUAAAAGCGAUUCGCUAGGCUCAAAGGAAGCUCUCUUGGCGCAUCUACACUCCCAUUUGGAUCUGUUACCCUAUACCUGCAAGGUUUGUGUAAUGGAAUCGAUCGUCAUCACUAGCGUUACAACAUUGAACGUUCACAAACGUAUGCACGAGAACCCCGUCAAGUGCAACUAUUGCGAUCGGCGGUAUAGCGAUAAACGAAAUGUCGCUCUUCAUGUGCAACAGUUCCAUCUUGGCGAAACUACACCCUGUCCGUAUCCUUGUGAUCAAUGUGAAAAAGUUUGUACUUCAAAGAUGUCACUAAAAUUGCAUCAGGUUAUGCACAAUAAGCCAUUUAAGUGUGAUAGAUGCAACAAGCUAUUCAGUCAAAAAAGCAAACUUCGGCGGCACAUAGAGAGACGUCAUGAGCGUACUCAGCAAUACGAGUGCCAUAUAUGCCAUAAAAUGUUGCAUUCGUUGGAUGCAGUUCAACAGCACAUCGAAAAUAUGCAUACAGAAAAAUCGUUAUGUUGUUCGUUCUGCUCGAAAAUGUUCAGUUCAAGAACGUUGUUGAGAAACCAUGAAAAUGUACACAAACGUAAUCCAGAAUACAGAGCACCACAAAGUUGGACGUCCUAUUAUACACCGUUGGAAGGCGAUGAUGAAGGUUAUUCGAAGUGUAACAUUUGCAAUCUGAAACUCAAAUCGAUAGUGACGCACUUGAGACAAGUUCAUUUUCCAGAGGAGUUCCGGUGCAAGAUUUGCGAUGCAGUUUUCAAACGAAAAGAAGCAUUCGAUGGUCACGUUUUGGAGCAUACGCAAGGAAAGGCUUUUCGGUGCCCGAUAUGUGGCCGAGAGUUUUCCGAAAGAAAACUUUUGGUGUGUCACCUCAAGACUAAAAAACACAGAGACCACCCGUUGGCACAAUCGCUUGAUUGGCUGAAUAAACGGAAACGUCAAGGUACCGGUAGAACAAGCUUGGACAAUGAAAUCGACGAGGCGUUGGAGUCAAUAUAGAAUGAUACUUUAAAGGCUGAGAAAUGUUAGCAAUUCAGCUUUUAGUCACGACCCAGGUUCAACGAGUGAGGAAGGCGGACAGUAAUAGUAAAUCAGUUGCUAAUGUCCUUUUCCCUAGGGUUGAUUCUCACUUUCUUUUUUGUGUAGAUGUCGCUAGUGUCGAUCGAACUCUUCACCGAGAAACCACAUCUACACACUGUAGUGUCCGUCAGUGUUAGUCACUGUUAACCGAACCCUUCGGACCACAGAGCAAUAACAUUCGAUAAAGUCUAUGU